GAGCCCCGGCGGCGAUGAUAAGCAAUGGGCUGCGCCUUCGGCAAAGACGCGUCCCCCGCCCCCUCCUCCGCCUCCGUCAGGCGGAAGAAGGAGCGGACCGCGCGCCCCGUCGCCUCCGACCGCAAGUCCCAGGCCGCCCUCUCCAAGUUCGAGACCGCCGUCGUCGAUGCCCCUGCUGCCGCCGCCGCGGUCCGGGCGGAGAAGGCGGAGCGCCUGGCCGGGGAGCGGACCGCGCGCCCCGUCGCCUCCGACCGCAAGUCCCAGGCCGCCCUCUCCAAGUUCGAGACCGCCGUCGUCGAUGCCCCUGCGGCCGCCGCCGCGGUAGCAGGGCGGCGGCGGCAGCGGGCCGAUCCUAGCCUGGGCAACCACCCGGGGCAUGUACACGGCGAGCAGGUCGCCGCCGGGUGGCCUUCCUGGCUCUCCAUCGUCGCCGGAGAGGCCAUCAAGGGGUGGACGCCCCGCCGGGCCGAUACCUUCGAGAAGCUCGCGAAGAUUGGGCAAGGGACUUAUAGUAAUGUUUACAAGGCUAGACACAUUAUCGGGUAA